UUCCUGUGUCUGCUACGAGGAUGUAUACGCGAAGGGAAGUAUGAUUGCGAGCAGAAUUUAAACGUUUAAUUAACCAUGGAUGCGAUAUUACGAGAUCGAUUGAGUCUCAUAGCUGCAUUAGGAGCUGGUGUUGUUGUUGGAAUUAGUGGGAUAUAUUUAUAUUACAAAGUUAAUAAAUGUGUAACUAGAGAACUAAAUCACUUAUCUGGAACCAUCGACAGUCUAAGGCGAGAGAUAGAAGAAUUAAAAUCAACUGCCACUUUUAAUAAAGAGAAAGCUAUUAAUUCUUCUGUUCAGAAAGGAAAUGUUAGUUCAUCAGCUCCUGGAACUAAAUUUUAUAGCUAUACUAGCAGUCUUGAAGAUGCAGAUGAAGAAUAUUUUGAUUUUACUGAUACAGAAGAAGUUAUUGGAGCUUGGUCCAAUGUUAAUGGUACAGAAACAGAUAUAACAAAAAUAACAAAAUUAGAUAUUUUGUUAGAGCAGCUUGAUGCAUUAUUAGAUUCUCAUUCAUCAGAUAAAGAAAAGAUUUAUUAUGAAAUGCUUGAAAAGAAAGAUGAAUAUUUAGACAAUGCAGAAUUUCUGUGGAGACUUGCUAAAGCUACUCAUCUCUAUGGUAUUGUUGUUCAGAGUCGGGGUGACAUUGACAAAAAGAAAAAGCUUGCUUUUGAAGCUGUUCAGUAUGCAAAAUCAGCUUAUGAAUUAGAUCAAGAUAACCCUGAAGUUCAUAAGUGGUGUGCUAUUACAGUCGGAUCUCUUGGUGACUAUGUUGGUACUCAAGAAAAAAUAAUGAAUGGCUACACAUUUAAAGAACAUGUUGAUAAAGCUAUCGCACUAAAGCCUUUAGAUCCAUCAUUGUACUAUAUGUUGGGGAGAUGGUGCUAUGAGGUUGCUGUGCUGUCGUGGUUGGAAAGAAAAGUUGCUUCAACUUUAUUUUCCACCCCACCAGAAGCCACUUUAGAGGAAGCUAGGGAAUAUUUACUAAAAGCAGAUCAAUUAAAACCUGACUGGAAAGAAAACUUGCUCUUUCUUGCCAAGACUUAUAUAAGUGAUGGAGAUUAUUCUAGUGCAGUUUCUUUGAUUGAUAGAGCUUUGAAAAUUCCUGUGAAUAGUGAAGAUGAUGCUUUGUCACAUAGUGAACUACAGUCCCUUCAAAAUAAAUAUGAAACUUAUCGAAUUUCUGAAGCCAAUUAACUUUAUACUGUAUCGUAUUUGACUUUGAAAAUAAUAUGACAUAAGGAUGAAUUGUUAAAAUACAAUUUUUAUAUCUGAGAUUUUCAAUUAAAUGAAGUAUAAAAUGGGUGAUGUUGAGAUGUAUAUCUAAAUUAAUUUUGUAAAAAAAAAAAAUAAUGCACAUAAAAGAUAGAAAGUCUUUACAGAAAAUAGGUAUAUUAAUAAAUUUUUACCUGCAUAUAAACUAUACUCUUUUCAGAUAUUUUGGCAUCUUUAUUAGUAAAUUUUUAAUUACAAAAAGUUGUUUGUAUAGAAGGACAAUUACAAUAUGAGAGCUUGCUAUGUGUAAUUUUAUUGAUCAAGAAUUAUUCAUAAAAGUAAAUGUGGCAAGCACUCUGAAUGUUGAAACUGAUAUCAUAAAAACUUUUAAAAAUAAAUGUUUUCUUAAAGGAAAUGUGAAUAUCAGGCAGCUCUUUCAGUUUAAUUUAGUGUUUAGUGAAAUUGUAAGUCAUUGCACAAGGGCAGUUUUAGAAGAUCAUUUUGUUUAUACAAAAAUAUGACUGUCCUAAUUUUUAAAUCUUUGCACUUGAGAGGUGCCUCUCAGUUGCAUUGCUGCAGUCCAUUCAAAUGUGUUUGAGAUUCACAUUUCAAGCGCUGAAGAUUAAAUUUCAUUAUUUUGAUCUUAAUGGAGUGUCAAUACUUAUUAGUCCCUUUCACCGUUAUUACUUGUAAACACUUUGUAUAUUUGCUAAGAGUUGUAAAAUAUUUUUUCUGUCUUUAAAAAAGUUUUAAUUUUUAAUUUGUUAAACAUUUUUAUAAUUUAUUGUUUGAUAGUUUUUGUGAUGUUUUAGAGAAAUGGGCUGAUUUUAAUUUAAACAAAAUAUGAAUAAAAAUAUAAUGACAGCAAAUGUUAUAUAAAGAAUAUGAUCAUAAAUUCAUAUCAUUUAUUAACCAAAGAAAUAAACUGUGUAAUUUCCCUUUUAGUCAUUAUUUAUUUGUCAUGAUAAAAAUGCUCAUUUUCAUUUUUAAAAUUUUAAUGAAUAUGCAGUUUGCAUAUAUUUUUAUCUUCUCUUACAACUCAUAUGUUUACUGUGGUUACAUCACUAAAUUUAAAAAAUUCACAAACAAGUGUUGGUGUUUCAUUUGUUAUGUAAAAGCCAAAAUAAAAAGUGUUUAUUUAUUCUUCGCUUAUUAAGCUAUAAAUCAGAUAGUUAACAUAGAAAAUAAUUGCUUGUUAAUACAGGAAAUCAGUGUGGUAUCAUUGAUUUAAAAAUAAUAAAGAAAGAAACAACAAGUAAUAUGGAAUGCAGUGAUACCGUAAUAAAAAAUAAAAUAGUAAUGUUUUUUUUAGAUAUAUGAAUAUCAUGUUUUCAAUUUUCAAAUGCUUAUAUAAGCAUAAGUAUUCAGUAACCAAGACUUGUCUUUUUCUUUUUUAUUUAUCUUCCUUCAUAAUUCUUUUUAACUUUAUGGUGAUUCUAUCUAUCUGUCUGUUUAUUCAAAUUCAUUCAAAAGCCAAAAAUUAUAUAAUAAUUUAUGAUUGUGAGGCUUUUUAAAUUUUAUUCACCAUGUAAAUGUGACAGUUUGAUAAUUCAUAAAAGAUUAUGUAACUAUCAUUAAUUAAUGAAAAAUCAUUGCAAUUAGUUUUGAUAAUGUAUUAGAAAAACUAUGUUUUUAGGAAGACUAUAACCAUCUUGUAGUUGUUAGUUAUCUUAUUUGCAUAUUUUCAAAGCAUAAAUUACAACAGUAUGAGCAAUUUUGUGGAAAGUUGAUUUUUUUUCCCCCAAAGUUUUCAUUUAUAAAGUGAAAAAAGGUUAAUUAUAUUUUUACUAGUAUAGUGGUGAUGCUAUCAUUGUUAUUAUAAAGGUGGCUUUAUUUUAAAUAAAUAUGUAUGUUUCUCUAGAAAACCAUCAGCAUGUCAUUCAGCUUAUUUAUUUAUUUAUUUAAAUCUUUGUAUUAUUUUUUUUUUCUGACUUGUAUUAUCUUUGAGGUCAUAAUCUUUCUGUAAUGUUAGAUAUGAAACCAAUUCAUAUAAAAUUGUUGCAUGCAGUGCAGUUUUAGUGCAAUGAUAAAUCUACUUUCAUCAUAAAGUUAAAGGAUAUCAUUUAGCUAAGUGCUGUACAUCUUUUCUAAGCAGAAUAAAAGUGUCAAAAUUCUAAUUUUUCUUUUAAAGAAUUGACUAUGUGUGUGUGUGUGUGUGUGUGAGAAUAUAUUGCACCUUCUCGGGAUCAAAGCUCUUAAAGAAAUUGUAAAACUAAUAAAUUAGAUUUAAGAUAACAUAUUUAGUCUAAUCGAUUCUUCUGUCACUCUAUUUUAUUGGUGAUGAAGUAUUGAUCAUGUAAAUCAUGCAAUCAAAUCAAAAUGAUUUAAAUCAUACAAAUCCUAAGGUGGAAUGGUUGAGUUAUGCAGAAUGUUAUUAAUUAAAGAAUUUCAUGUAUCUACUAUUGAAAUGCGUAUUUUUUAGUAAUUCACUUUAUCCAUCAUAGUUUGAGAUAAAUAAUACAGUAACAAUCUCAUUCAAAAUUUCUCAAAACUAAGCGAAAAGAGAUGUAUGGCAAAGCUGAUAAUAUUUUGUCUCAAAUGCUACUAUUCUAAUUAAGAAAGAAAGAGAACCUCUCCGAAAAGUAAUGCCUAUCCUUUGUUUUGCAGAUUGUGGCUUUAAAAACAGAAGUUUAAUAGGAAUAUUAAAGUCUCAGUUAUGUUUGAAAUAUUUUAAACUUCUGUGUCCGACAAUAAUAAUAGCUAAUCUGAGUAUGCAAUGGUAAUGCAGAAAAGCAUUUAGAAUGAAUUGAAAAUUCCAAGAACUUUAAUGAAUUCCAGGAAAAUGUCAUUCCUUUAUUGAAUUAAAUGUAUUUUAUUGUAUAUAUUUUAGAUUUUCUAUUUCAUUUUGAAUAUGAACAUUUUAAUUUCCAUAUUAAUUUUUGAUUGUACUUUGUGCACUAUGUAUUAAAAAAUAAAAAGCAUGAAAAAUUUUGUAUAAAAAGUCAGUAUGCUUUUGUUGAUUGCAGUUUCAGUAUCAGAAGGUAAAGAAUUUCAAGCCUUGUUUUGUAGAUAUAUCUAUUUCAAAGUAACUUUAAUGCAAGCUUUCAAUUAGAAAAGGCCAGUCAAGGAGUCUGCUUUUUUAAAAACUUAAUGAAAGUACACCUUAACUAUUUUAAAUUAAUAAAUGCUAAUAGAUAUCAUAUUCUUUUUAAUACAUCAAUCAUUGUAUCACCUGUUUGUAUGACUAAUGAAAAAAUUCUUUUAUUGCUUAAAAUCUUUACUGACAUUUUGCAUAGGAAGAAUUAAAAUUGAUAUUGCAUUUUGGCUGUUGUCAUCAAAAAGUCUUUACACAGAUAAGAAAUUUAUAGAAAAAAUCAAUGAACUAUAUAAAUUUCCAUGCUUAAAUUAAUUGUAAUAUUUAAAAUUUUAAGUGGCAGUGUUUUGAUUGUAUGUUAUAUGUAAUGUGUAGUGUUUUCAAUGAUGUGUGUAUGUCUUGCUGAAUUUAGUGGCAUAAUGUUUUCAUUGUUGUAUAGCUGAACUGAAAUUGUGUCAAACCAGUAUAUGGUCAUUCUGAUAUUAGCCUUCUGACUGACAGCCUAGGAUACUUUUUGUUAUGUCUUUAAGAAAAAAUAUAUAUCUUGAAAUAGAAAUUAAUGUGAUAUAUUAAAAGUACAUAAAUACCUGUAUAAGGUAUCUAGAAUAUUUUGGCAUUAAAUUCAAGAAAAUACCUUUUUCUCACGGCAGUUUUGAGAAAUUUGGGCUUAGCAAAACCCCAUGCAAGUGAGAGGGUUAAAGCAUUGUUGAUGGCUAGAGUAUCAAUAUUACUUUAAAAUAAUGCUGAUGGCUAGAAUAUUCUCACUUUUAAAUACCAUAUAACUAUAAAAUCUCUCUCUCUUUUUUUUUUUUUUUCAAGCAAUAACAUAGCUGCCAACUGUGCCGGUUUUUCAUCAUAUCUCCUGGUAGAUCACCAAAACUCCCAAUUUUUAAUUUUCAACCUUUACUAAGGAAAAUAUUUCUCAGCAAUAAAGGAACUUUACUGAAUUAAUAAAAUGUAAAUUAGGAAAUUUCAUUUUCCCGUUUCUGAUGAUUUUAAGAAUAAUUUUUCUUAUUAAUUUAAUCUGAAUUGUAUUUUUCCUAGAAAUUUUGUUUGAUCUGAGUUGUAUUUGUGUACUAUAGAUAUUAGUAAAUUUUUAUAUGGAGAUUCAAACAAUUUUUAAUAAGUUAAUAUUUGUAUCCACACAAUGUAUAUGUAAUAUUUUGUAUUAUCCACACAAAUAAUACAUUAAUUAUUAAUUUUAUUUUCAUCCUAUUUAAAAAUAUUUUGAUAAACAAAAGUUUUCAUUCACUAAUGGGAAAUUUCUCAGAAUCAAAAUGUAAGAAAAUUUAAAAAUGAAAUUAGCCAAAGAACAUCUGAUUAAAUCGGUUGUUCUCAACCUGUUUUGCCUCUAUAUACCACUUUCAUCAUUUUUAGAAGGCCAUUCCUUCCUCCCGCCCAAAACGAUACAGAUAGAUAGAAUAGAUAUAGAUAGAUUUAGAUUACUUUUUAUCAUGUUUUAUGAGUUAAACAACAAAAAAUAUACAAAAUAUCAAUAUAUAUCAAAAUUUGAAUAAAAUUAGUGUUUUAUAUAUUCAUAAACUAAGUGCUUAACAGUUAAGUAAAAGGUUGACCACGCCCUCCUCCUUCCAAAUCUCUGAAGUUCCCACUUGGUUGAGAAACCCUGAAUUAAAUGCUAAUAUAUUUUAAAUCAAAAUUAAUUUACUUAUAGUUUAAUAACUUGAACCAUAUGUUAUAAAGUGAAUUAAAGUCUAUUUGGAGUUGCUUUCAAAUGGGAUCACUAUGCAGGAUGAAAAUCUUCAGAUUUCCUCACAAAAUUCUCUUGGUUUUUAAGAUUUCAAGGUUGGCAGCUAUGCAGUAGUUUAUAUGCAUAUGUUUUUAAGACAUUAUUUCUGAAGAUUUAUAUAUUUUUUAUUGAAAUUCAUGCUUCUUAUCUCAGAAUUAUGAGCUUGGCAUAUAAUUUAAAGGUUACUAGAGAUUACUUAUUAACAAUAACUACAUGCCUGUCUGCAUGUUUGUACAGAAUCUCUAAAAAGAUUUACUUUUCGGUAAAAUUGAAAUUCUGCACAAAGUCUGUUAAUAUACAGCAUUUCACUUAAGGAGUAUAGAACUCAUAGAAUCUGUUUAUUUGAAACUUGUUAAAAUAUAUAUAAUAUAUGACAUAUCAUGAUGUUUAUAAUAGUACAAUUUAAUAACAUUUCUUUAAUUGUUCAUGUUAUGAAUUUAAUCUUCAUUUUUUUAGAUUUUUUAUUGUUAAAACUCAAUAUAAAUAUGGUUUUAAAACAAAUGUUAAGCAGUUGAUAUUUAUUGAAAAUCUGCACAUUUUAUUGAUGUUAAUGUUUCUGUCGUUGAACAAUAAAAAUUUACAUUUGUUUCAUCAUAAUGUAGGGUGUCAAUCAUUAAGGAGCAUUCAGAUAUAUUAUUUUAAUUCUGUAAUUAAAUGAAUUAUUAAAUUAUUUUAAUUCUGUAGUUAAGUUUUGUUAUGCACAGAAUAUUUCAUUCAUGUUUUUCAAAUUUAAACACAUUAUGUUACAUAUCCAAAAAUUCUAAGUAUUAUGCCACCUAAUAAAUUUUAACAGAAUGAAGUGUUUUAAUUAAACCACAAACUCUUUUUGUUGAUUUUAUUACUCACUAUUUAUUAUAGAAGCAGAAAAAUAGACUGUGAUAAUGUUACUUCAAGAAUUUUUUUAACAAUCCAUAUUCUAAAGAACUUUUUUCUUAUAUAUUCUGUUAAUGAAUAUUAAGACCUAUGUGACUUUCAUAAUAGUUUAUAAACCAUUACUAAUGUUUAAUUCCUGACCUCAGCUGUACUAUUUUAGGAAGUGCUAGAAUAGUUAGAACAGAAGGAAUAUUAAGUAAUUAAAAUAUACAUAUGGACUUUUUACUUCAUUAAAUUUUUUUUUAAUGAAAUCUGUGCCCUCUCACAUUUAAAAUGAUCCAGGAGUUUUUUAAAUUUUCUCUUGUUCCUUUUAAAUCAAAAAAUUUUCUCACUCAGAUGAGUUGUUCUACAAAAAGGGUAUUUAAAUCCAAAUACCAUAACUAAAUAAAUGUUUUUUUGUAAUGGCAAAAAUUAAGAAAUGAAAGAAAAAUUAUCUUCAUAUUUUUAAAUCUUAGGCUGCAUACUAAGACGGGUAUUAUCGGGACAGUGUUUUAAGUAUAGGAACACCAUCCUGCAUUCAUUUCAAUAUGGUAUUAAUUUAAUCUCAUUAAUCAUUAAAGUCCUUUACUUGGACAUAAAAUAAUAUAUUUUCCUUUUAUGUAUAUAUCAUUAUUUUAUUCAUUUUUUAAAUACUUUUGCAACUGCAUUACAUGUUUUAGGAUAAAAUUUAUGAGUUUUGAAUUGCAGUUAACAUUGCAAAUGCUUUUGUAACAGAUCUACAAUUUUCAUUGGAAGCUUUCCAGCAAUAGACUAGAAAUCGAAAUAUCCAAGUCGUAAAUGUUACAAAAUUAUCAUAUAUUAAGUCAAAUAGAUUUAAAUGUGUAUACAAAAUGGAAAAAUUAAACUUACAAAAUUCUCCCAUUUUUGUCUCCCAUGUUACCGUUCCUAGUGAAGUUUUAUUUUUAAUUGCAAAACAUCUUUUAUUAUCUACUUAAAUAAUCUGAUUGAUGAUGUUGAAGGAAUUUUACAUUUAAAUGUAUGAAAUUUGUUGAGAAACUGUAAUGUAUUUAAUGUGAAAAUGUAUGUCAUGUGUUUAACGUAAAGUACUGGAGGUAUAGCAACUGCUGUACAAAUUUUUAGACUGUUCAAUGUGAACUACUUAAUCUCAAGGCAUCUGUAUUAAGUUGUUUCAAGGGUGAAAAAAAUUCUGAUGACAGCCUUUAUUAAUAUCAUGUUUGUUUAUUUUCAAAUGAACUGAAAUUGUUAAAUUUUUAAAGUUUGAUGACUGUUGAAUAUUUUAUUUAAAGUAAUAAUACGUAGAUAUCUCUUAUGGUCUUGUAAUCAUAUCUAAUGCUUAAUAUUUUCAACAGCAGCCAAAAAAAAUUAAUUUUCAAGAUGAGACUAUUAUAAUAUUUUCUUGUUUGUGUUGUGAUAUUUAUUAAUAUUUUAGUUUGACGUAAAUGUAAAAAAUCCGAAAAUAUGUUUUUAUGCUACAUUGCUUAAUGUAUUGUGACUAAAAACCAGAUUCAAGUUAAAAUCAAGUUUUGCUUUUUAUAGGAAGUUCAUAUUGAUUUUAAAAUGCUUCCUAUUAUUGCAUUAAUAUUUUACGGAUUUUUACAAGUAAUACUUAAAUUUCUGAAAUUGAUCUUGAACAAAAUUUAUGCGACUUAUUUCUGUUUAUGCAAUGUGUUUGUCUUCAAAAGUAAAUUGAUUAGGAAUUAAUGCAUACCUGGGAUAUGUGAUUGUUUUGAAGUUUUUUUAUUUUAAAUUAAUUUGAAGAAAUCUGCAUAUUAUUGGACUGAUUUCCAUUUAUUAAAAUAAUGAAUUUUAUGUUGUACCACUUUUGUAGGAGGUAUAUUAAGAAACUAGUAGCAGUGCUGUGUUUUUGUUUAUAUUAUUUAAUAUUGUAUAUAUCAACAGGGGUAUAAAUGUUGAAUCUGUUAUAUAUUUUUUGAAAUAAUAAAUAUGAUCAUUCCAAAAAGAA